AUGAAGAUCUCCGCAGCACUGCUGUGCCUGCUGCUCACAGCUGCCUCCAUCAGCCCCCAGGAGCUGGCUGGACCAGAUUCGGUGUUCAUCCCAAUCACCUGCUGCUAUAACUUGUCUGGUCAGAAGAUCCCUAUCCGGAGGUUGAAGAGUUACAAGAGACUCACCAACGCCCAGUGUCCCCAAGAAGCUGUGAUCUUCAAGACCAUUGUCAAUAAGGAGAUCUGUGCUGACCCCAGGGAGAAGUGGGUCAUGGAUUUCAUGAAGUACUUGGACCAGAAGUCUCAAACCCUGCAGCCUUGA